AUGUUUACGAAGUUUUUCAUUUGUAUUUGUAAUUGUUUUGCCUAUAUUUUUUUAAAACGGAAUAAAAUAAAACGUUGACAAAUUGUUGACAAACAAAUAAUAUGGCAGCAGCUUUUCAACAGCAAAUAUUUGCCUUGGACGCUCGUUUUAAUGCAUAUAGAGCUCCCGGAAAUCCAAACUUUAAAACUUUGUACAUACGGCGUCGCAGUCAGUUGCUAAGGGAAAAUGCCAAAUUUAAGGAUAUUGAGACGAUAAAGAAAUACAUAAACAUUAGGAGCCAGUUACUGCAGCGAAGGUAUGGAGUACAGGACAACAUAUCAAUUAGUUCAUCAUCAUCCCGACAGAGAUCAAGUAGCAAAGCAAGCCUUGCAAUUGAAGAAAGCAUAACAAUAAAUUCAAAGAAGAACAAAAAUGAUUUGACAAUAUCAGAAAACUAUGCAUUCUCUGGCGUCCAUCAUAUAUUUGAUCAGCACACAGAUCAAGUCAGUAUAGUAAAAUUUGCAAACAAUGAUCGUUCCAAGCUGUGUUGUGCUUCUCAUGAUGGAACAGUGUCCAUAUGUGACGUCACAGCUUCGCCCCCGCGUGUCGCGUUCAUCCUUGAAGGACAUACUAAAGCUGUUACUGGUUGCGACUGGUCCGCGUCCAACGAGCUGCUGGUGACGUGCGGGCUGGACGCGGCGCUGGUGCUGUGGGACGUGGCGCGGCGCGCGCGCCUGCGCGCCGUGCGCGACCAGCUGCGCGCGCCGCUGCUCUGCUGCGCCUUCCAGCCGGUCAACAAUAACAUGGUUAUUGCGGGAAAUGCGAGAGGCAUGGUCGAAGUGCUCAAUGUAUCGACUGGAAUUUAUCCUCGAGGAGGAAGCAGCAUUCUAGGAGGGCAAGUGACAGCAAUCGCGUGCGAGUCCAGUGGGAGGAUGUUUUGGGCAGCUAAUGACAAGGGUGUGAUAGUCAGCUACCGCAUGUCUGGUACGGGGGGUUCCCUCAGCAAGCUGCGUCGCUGCGUGGUUGGUGGUGCGGUGUCGAGUCUCAGCUGGUCGCCGUGGUUAGCGCGACACCCGGCUUUACUCGUUAGCGCGGCGGACGAUUCGCUGUAUUUGUUUAGGAUAUCAGACCGCGAAGGCAACCUAUCCCUCAAGAAGCGCUACGACAUAUCGCACCGCUCCUACGGCGUGCGGUCGACCUUCUGUCCGAUCAUGUCGUUCCGGCGCGGCGUGUGCAUCGUGUCCGGCUCGGAGGACGCCUGCGUGUACUUCCUGGACAUCGAGGGGCAUGUGGAGCACCCUGUAGUUAAUAAGUUGCAAGGUCACGCAUCUCCAGUGCUGGGAGUAAGUUUUAGCUACGACGAGAGCUUGUUGGCUUCCAGCGACGCGUCUGGCCUCGUCAUCAUUUGGCGAAGGAGCUGAUCCACACUCGUACCAUAUUAGUUCCAAAAAUAAAAAAUCGCCCAUAUAGUAACAGUGAAUAGGCCCAAGUCCUUUUUUUUAUUUUUGUUUUUUUUUUUAAUUGAGAAUUCUUGCAUGUUGUUUUUUUAAUCAUCGGUAUAUGUUAUAUUUACUCGUAUUAAAUUUUAUUAAUGAAAGUGAUGGAAUAAAGUGACUGUGAAAAUCUAAUUUAAUAGAAAGAGUAAACAAAUAAAUAAACUUCGUUUUAUCUCUCGUAACGCAGCGUUACGAUUAGGAUCAAAGGUUUGCAUUUUCCUAGAAUAUUAACGAACUCGAAUUUAUUUAUAUUAAUAAUAUAAGACUUCGAUGUAAUUUAGUUUUAAAUGUAUGUUUUUGUUGUAUUGGUAUUUGAAUUUUGUUAUUGAAUAAUUUUUGUAAAAAUAUUGAAUUUUAACUGUGUAUUUAAAUAUUGUUCAAAAGUUUUUUUUUUAUUAUAAGACUAAGUAUUGAAUUUGAACGAAUUGACAAGGUUUAGUUUUAGUUCUUAAGCAAGUUUACCAUUGUUAAUGUUAAACUUUGAAUAACAUUCCUGGUGUGAGUUAUUUCAAAACAUAGUUUAACUGACAGAUUAUUUGAAAUAAAAGUCUUCUAACUUAAUAUACAGAGUGGAAAUCCAAAAUACCACCCUGAAGGGUGGAAAGCACUCUUGAUAUUAUUAUUUUUUUAAAGAUUUGAUUGAAAUGUUUCUUACAUUUAAAGAUUUCCGAAAGAUAUAAGUCCAAUUAAAAUGGAUUUUCUUUCAUUUGUUUUUGAAGUUAAGAAAAAUAUUGUUAGUACUAAUAGAGUAUAGUGUUAUCUGUGAUUGUUAGAUAGGAGGUGGUGUUAAAUGUGUAAAGAAACUAACUUCAGAUGUCCAUAAUCCAUGUCUAUAGCUGCUCACAAAUGAAAACUAAAUGAUCUUAAAAUCUACAUUAUUAUCCUUCAUAAAUUAUUUAUAUGCAAAAUUAUGUUUUUUUACUAUUCAUUUAUUCUAUCAGACGACCUAUAUUGCAGGUUUACGCAAACACCUUAUCCUUUCCAUUUUUCUUGUAACUAUUAUUGAAUUGUAGUUUUGAAAACAAAUGAAUGCAAUAAUAUAUUCUUAAUCCUUAUUCCUUGUGUAAUAACAUUUUAUAAGACAAAUUAUGAAAUAAAAGUCUUAUAUUCA